AUGGCAGCAUUGUCGCAAGCAUCAGCAGCCGCCCUAGCCCGGCUCCGCGCCUUCAAACCCCCACCAUCGCAAUACACCAAACUACCCCUCUCACGCCGCGCUGCCGUCCUCAUCCUCCUCUUUGCCGACCGUCGUGGCGACCUUCGUGUCAUCCUCACCAUCCGCAGCGCCAAGUUGCGCAACUAUGCCGGGCAAGCCGCUCUCCCCGGCGGGAAAGCAGAUUUCGAGGCCGAGAGCGCGUGGCAGACUGCACGACGGGAAGCAGAAGAAGAGAUAGGGUUGCCGAGCGACGACGACAACCUUCCAAAAGGGUACACGGUCGAGAACCUCACAGAGUUACCGAUGAAUCUCGCAAUGACGGAGUUGGGAGUAAGGCCUUGUGUUGCAUGGUUAAAGAGCUCGAAUACCGCGGCAGAUAUUGCAAAAGACUUGUUGCCGAAGCUGGAUGCGAGAGAAGUUGCUGCUGUGUUUACGGCGCCGUUUGAGCACUUUUUGAAAGAGAAGGAUGAUGGCACAGUCGAGGGAGAAUGGUAUAGAGGGGCUUGGCACAGCUGGUACCAUGAGCCCUGGCGCAUGCACAUGUUUCAUGUGCCUGUGAGUCAGAGGACGGUGUUCAGGAGCCACGAGGUCGAGAAUACUCGCUUGGAUGCUGCGACGGCGCCGUGUUCGCCUGCGUCAAAGGCCCCAGUACUACUCGCCGACCGAGCUGCUCAAGCCUAUGGGAAACCUGUUCCUGGCUCCUCGAGUAAGACACAGACAGCGGACAAGAGUUUGGCACAAAAAGAUGCACUUGAUAUGCCUAGGUAUAGGGUCUUUGGCAUGACGGCGAGGAUCUUGGUGGAUGCGGCGAGAGUGGCUUAUGGAAGGGAGCCCGAGUUUGAACACAACAGUCACUUUGGAGAUGAGGAUAUGAUUGUACGGCUGAUGAAGAUGGGGAGACUACAACCGAAGAAGGAGAAGGGCGAGCUUCUGACGAGGGAUGUCAUGCAAGCGGCUGCCAAUGUUGAGCUGGGUGGAGAAGAAAAGGGCAAACUGUGA